UAGCCAUGUCCAUUAUCUGAUGUUCGCCUGCUUUUGCUGCCUCUCGUUUGCUCGCGUUGGAUGUUGCAGACGGGCUAACAAGGAGCUGCAGGCAGGCCAUCACUGUGUGAAGUGUGGUGCUGUGCUGAUCGUGCCGAACAUUGUGUGCAGUCUGUGUGUGUAUGAAACAAAAUGUACCUGUGGGUGGUGGGCCUUCCGACUGCUCCCUGUAUCUAGCCGAUUGCUAUGUUACGAUGAUAUUAGCAGCGGCAGUGGCAUUUGCAUGAGUAUGCGUUACACUUGAGCAAAGUGAGUCUGCUUUAUGGUGGUGCUUCCGGUUCUGACUGCUCAUUUCGGUGAUUUGAAGGAGGUGCAAUAAGCAGAUACAUAAAACGCUUGAUCUCGCGCUGUAGGAACGGCAUUUUUGCCCGACGUUCUUUUUUCUAACCUAGCCUCCACCUUUUCCUGUAAUUUUGUGCCCAUUUAUUGUUCAUAUGCUGCUGCUGCCGCUGCUUCUGAACUGUUCUCGCGUCCGUUCUGCUACGCCUCGGACUCUGCUCGUACAUAGGCAGGGUUUUCUCGGAUUGGUUACGCCAACGCGGUCGGCGUUGCCGUUUUUCUUGGACAGAACAAUGAGUAAGAUGCUGGAAGUUCUCUAGAUCGCGCUCGCUAAUUUAUUUCAUUUACCGGAAUUAUUCGAAAAAAAUGCAGCUGUUUUAUUUAGAGACUCAGUUGAUCACUGACCCCGCAGUCGUACAGCCCUGUGUCUGCUAUGCAUUUCACCGAUAGAUAAACGAGCAGAGAAAGAGUCUGUGCGGUUGGGGCUGUUAGCAACACCAGCUGUAUCAUCUGCCACAGAUGACCAUCCGCAUUUCACGUUUUUGCAUAGUAAAUUUUGUGGUACAUUGAAUGCCAUCGUCGUUGCUUCGAUUUUCGUCGAAUCUCACGACCACUGAAAUCGUCGUCGAUUUCGUAUGCAUAGCGGACGAGGAGCUGAUGAAGCGUUUCUUAUCGAGUACAUCGGCUGGGCCUUGAUCGCUGAUCUCUGGUCACUGGUUGGUGAUUGUGCGUGACUCUUUUGUUAUCGUGUCAACUUUGGGGGGCACGCUUACACCAGAACCAGAUGAUCAUCAUUGUGUAACACAGCUCUAUGGCCCUAAAGGACAUAUCUUUCGCCUGCUUGGCCUACUGACUGUUCAUACGAACAGACGUCUGCUGCCUAAGGCAAAUCAAAGUGCGGUUGUAAACGGUUUGUUUAACUCUAACUAAUAAGGGCGCUUGCAGCAGCAGUAACUUCCUGUCAAGAUUAGGAUUUGUAUCGAAAUUGUACACGCGCCUUUUGUUAAACAAUUACCGUACAGCUGCGGCUAAUUAAGAACCUGUUCACCUAUAAACUCUUCACUACAACUUUGUGACAAUUUCGCUUACUUCGAGAACGACGGGAUUCGUCGUGGUCGUAUCGUUCUGAGUUUCCACAGUAAACCCCACUUCACGCUGUGGAGGUUGGCCGUGGCAACACGAACGAAGUGCUAAUAAAACAAUGGCACCGUACGGUGAUGAUGUUCAGCGUUAUGGCAAUCGUAUAUCGUCUCGCAAACAUCGCCGGGAUAAGAGUGAGAUCAGCUGCUGUCUCAAGUACCUCAUCUUUGGGUUUAACGUUAUUUUCUGGCUGCUCGGCCUGUCGAUAAUGAUCAUUGGGGUGUGGGCAUGGACAGAAAAAGACAUCUUCAACAAUCUCUCCAAACUCACGAACAUCGCUCUCGAUCCAGCAUUUGUCCUAAUCGUCAUAGGUGGUAUCACAUUCAUCAUCGGGUUCACCGGUUGCGUAGGCGCGUUGCGCGAGAACACUUGUCUGCUUGCCGCGUAUGCGAUCUUUUUGGCAAUUCUCCUCCUUCUCGAAAUGACUGCAGGAAUUCUCGGUUUUAUCUUUAAGGACUGGAUAAAGGCGCAGGCUACGAACGGGUUCCAGGCUUUCAUUGUUUUCUAUCGAGAUGAUCCUGAUCGGCAAAAUCUGAUCGAUUGGAUACAGGAACAAUGGCUUGGAUGCUGCGGUAUUGAGGGCCCAAAGGAUUGGGAUAUGAACAUAUACUUCAAUUGUUCGUCAGUAGAAGUGGGAAGUCGCGAGGCGUGUGGCGUUCCUUUUUCAUGUUGUAAACGUCAACCCAACGAGCUCAUUAAGAACAAACAAUGCGGUUAUGAUGUCAGGAAGCCCGAUUACCAACGAGACAAAAGCCAUGUGAUCUAUGAAAAAGGUUGUCUCCGAGCGGGCGAAGAAUGGAUCGAGGCAAAUCUCGUUCCCGUUGCCGGCGUGGCUGUCGGCCUAGCUGUAUUACAGGACAAACAUAUUCGCGCGAAGCUGAUCUACGAAAGAGGAUGCCUACACCUUCUUGAAGAAUGGGUGGAACUGAAUCUUGUUCCGCUAUCAGGAGCCAUGCUUAUCGUUGCAUUUAUACAGAUACUGGGAAUCUGUUUUGCGCAAAACCUUCGCGCAGAUAUAUUCGCCCAGAAGGCCAAGUGGCACUGACAUGACGCGGACCCGAGUGGGGCUAACGGGCAUCAUGCAUUAUUGUCUUCACGCGCACAGCCAUUGGGGCCAUAUCCUAACGACCCGGCUCUUCGUACUAGCCAUAUAGGGGUCACUCAGCCUCUAUUGCCCAUACAUCAUCAGGGAUCCCGUGCACCGAUCCCUUAUUCAGCAAGAAGAUAAAUCAAAUCUCAACAAAACAGUAGUUGGAUUUAUACGUAGAGGUAUCACAUACCAACAAGCAGUGUUAUUGAGUGGGACUGUACUGUUAUUACCGUUGUCAACCGAAAAAGGCCACGAACCGUUAUGACGGUUAUGAGCGUCGAUAUACGCAGUGAUACCGAUACUGAGAUAGAUACUUGAUAGAAAAUGAGGACUAACGGAUACAUGCUCAAGUGGUCACAUUUUAGAUCGUAGCCCAAACUUGCGAAGUUCAUUCUUCUCGCCGAAAGCAAAGCAAAGCAAAGCAAAUGUGUUGGUGUGUUUCUGGCAGGCCUUCUAUCCAUUGUCUAUUGAUAUUUGCUGUACAGCCAACCUCUAGGAGCUGUGUAAACGCCACAUUUCUAAAUGACAUUCCGGGGCACCGCCAAGUUAGGAAAGAAAGCUUAACUAAGCUACUUGAUUUUAUUAUUUGUGAAGUUAAUAAUGGUGAUUCUAAUUUUUUAGACGGAAGAUGCUAGCGUCGAGAUAAAUUUUGAGAGUGAAACCGGAUAAACUUGGAACGAGCUAUUCCAUUGCACUGGAAUAGCAACCCAGCCCCGCUUGGGCGGUGCAGAUUAAUUACACAACCAUUAUCAUUGCUAUUUACUGCUCUAUGAUUAUUCAUUUAUCUUCUCAGUUUAUGUUUAUUGCUUUAAAAUGCAAAAAUAUAAGAUCGAAGCCGAAUGGUUGAUGAAGUGAAGAGCAUUAAAAAUGGAAGAAUGCUGAAAACUAUACGAGCCAAAGCCAUAUAUCUUUGUACAACAACCUUCCGAUACUAAACAACAAAAACAAAAGCUGUACAGCGUUGACACAGUUUCCGUGCGACCGCUACUGUUAUAUAAUGUAGAUGUGUAUUUAUUAUUCUUAACAAUAAUUAUUAUUUUCGCUUCGUAAAUUCUUCGAAAGAAACAUAUAUAAAUCGUGUUCAAGUAACACACAACGUGGGGCUUCAUCGAGUCUUGGUUUCAUCGAAGAUGCAACAGCGUCUUCGACGAAAACAAGAAAGCCGAAGAAGUUCUUCGAAACGAUCAUCUUUGUUUCAGUUUCAGUCUUCUGCUUAUAUCUUGUCGGUGAAUUGAUUAUAAGAACGUACCAAAUAGUGAGACUGAAUGCACGGCUAGGCCAGACUUAAGGAACCCUUUAAUGUCCGCAAAUAUUGGCGGGAAAAUAUUGUGAUCUUUGUCGCUAUACUCUCACCUGGCAGGAAGCUUGACUUCGUGGUUGGCUAUGGCAAAAAGAAGAGUAACGAAACAUCUGUAGCCUAUUCGUUGAGUGAUAGGCAAACGUAAAUUGUAUGAGUCUGCGCGUGUACAUUGGUUGCAUGGAUGUAAGCGUUCAGAUGAAGCACGAUGAAUUUUGAAGUUUGUGUGCGAGGGAUACUGGAACCGAGAAAAGGUAGAGAUCAGGAGAGAAUUUGUGUUAAUGGAUUAAGAUGAAGAAUUAGUGACACUGUCCAUGACGACUGGGUAACGUGUUUUGUGAUGUUGUACCGAGCACACAUGCACACAGGUUAACUGAGGUAUUUGAAAUGCUUCAUGACGAGGACGAACUGGACGAGGAUAAACUUUAAUCGUGAGUGAAUGUGUGAACUGAAUGAUUUGUUGAAGAUAGACUAAGUUUGAAGAAAACAGAAAUUAAUCUUAAGGUAUUUGAGGCAUAAACAAGGUCACAAAUUAACUGUAAGGAGCCAUGCCGUCACGCCGAUGGAAGCUUACAUUUAGCUCCGUAGCUGUAUGACAGAUGACGUUAUUUGGCGUACGGAACGAACGACGAUGAAACUGUAACAUACUUCGUGUAUAUACAUAGCAUGCAAAUAUAGGUAUAUAUAUAUAUAUAUACGCAUACAUAAAAUUGUAUUCAGAUGUAUCAUGUGCAGUAAUCGAUAGAACUUAUUCCUGGUGUUAGUGUUGAUCAAGUAAGUAAUCGGCAUAAAUUCAGAUUAGCGGAAUCUUUUUGGACGCGUCCGAAGCUCAGAAAAGUUAACCGUUAAUCGAACUUUACCGAAAGCCGACAUUCCGGUUUAACUUGAAAUAAAAUCUAGACAGGCCUUUUUAUCGCGGUCAGUA